AGCGGGCCCUGCGCUCCCAGUGGGACUCGCUUUCCCAACCGCGAAACCCGGACGGCGUCGCCCACACCUCGCGGCCUUCCGGGCGGGCUGAAUGGAACGCUGAGUCUGGCUCCAGCCACGCCCUUCGCUCCCGUCCCGGCGCGGACCGCGGCCACUGCAGCGCCCCCUGGAGGCCGAGGCCGGGGCGGGAUCUCAGUCCCUCCGCGGAAGGAAGGGGCCGACCCGGACGAGGCGGGACUCGCCGUUCGGCCCCGCGCUCACCGAGCCAUGGCGCCGGCCCUGUGGAGGGCCUGCAACGGGCUCAUGGCCGCCUUCUUCGCGCUGGCGGCCUUCGUGCAGGUAAAUGACCCAGAUGCAGAGCUGUGGGUGGUGGUGUACACAAUACCUGCAGUACUGACCCUACUGGUUGGACUUAACCCUCAAGUCACAGGUAAUGCUAUUUGGAAAAGUAUCUCUGCAAUACACAUGUUCUUUUGUACGGUGUGGGCUGUCGGCUUGGCAUACUACCUCAUGCAUCAUACACAACAGAACAUCUUACAUGAGGAAGAAGGCAGGGAGCUGUCUGGUCUGGUGAUUAUUACAGCGUGGAUGAUCCUGUGCUGCAGUUCCUCAAAUAGAGACGGGGUUUCACCAUGUUGGCCAGACUGGUCUUCAACUCCUGACUGCAAGUGAUCCACCCACUUCAGCCUCCCAGAGUCCUGGGAUUACAGGCAUGAGCCACCGUGCCUGGCUUGCUAAACUAUUUUGAAAUAAAUCCCAGAUAUCAUAUUGUUUCCUUUGUAUAUCAGAAUGUAUCUCUAAAAGAUAAGCGCUUAAAAACUACUCUACCAUCAUCAUACAAAAAAUGAAGGAAUAACUUCAGUAUUGUGAGUUUUAAAUGUUUGUCCUUUUGCGCCUUAUGUUUUCUGUAAAUUGGUUGUUACAUCUAAAGACUUGAUGAGAUUCUGGCAUUAUUAUUGAUUACUUCAUGUUAAGUAAUGAUGUUAUGUAUUCCCAUUAUAAUAUACAUAAUACCCAGCUGCUUAUCUGUGAUGUUAAUAGUCUUUGUUGAGUAUUGCCUAAAUCCAUUAGUUGGUUUGGUUUGCAAAACUGUGAUAUUCUAAUUAUAUCACUACUUGUUUAUGAGCUGGAAAACUAUAAAGAGAAAUGUCCACUUAUUUAUCUGUUGGCUACUCCAAGGUAUAGAUCAUCAGAAUAAAAUGAAAGGAAAAAAAGUUAAUUCUCUCCCUUAGUUACCAGUUUCC